CUCGGCCGCCGCCCGGCGCGCUGGCUCAGGAGGAGGGAGCGGUGCCCGGGCGGGAAGGGUUAAACCCAGCUUUAAAUAUUCAUGGCAUUGUUUUAAAGGUGUAAACAGGCGGCUUCCAGGUCCGUGAGGACCGGCUGUGGUGAUGCAGAUGUACCCGCUUCCAGGAAUCCCAGUUUCCCUUGGCACCCCUCCCCCUCCCGCUUCCCCCCCAAAAUGUCAGGAUUUAUUGUUAUUAGUUUUAAGGUGAGGACGCGAGUCUUGGGUGAUGUGUGUUUCUCGUGCUGUUUGGAACUUCUAGACUUCUUGAGCGCCUUCAGGAUGUAAGGUGUUUAAAAACUUGGUUUUUUCUCCUCUUCUUCAAAGUCUGGGGAAAUAGAAAUUUAAAGUGAAGUUAGUCCUCCUCACCUUUGGAGGGAAGGAGAAGGGUUGGAAGUAGGAGAAUCUCCUGUGAGGUGUUUUUUUUUUUUUUUUUCCUGGUAGGGGUGAGUGAGUGGCAGUGGAUGGAGUUUGGUGGGUUUUGUUCCAGGGCUUUCCAAAGUGCUGUUAGGACUCUCAGAUGGCUUCAGAAUGCCCGUGUCUCCUGUGCAGCUUGGUUUCUUGGAGUGGGGUUGGAGGGUUUGCUCUUGGUACAGUUGUCGGUGUCCCACUGAAGUCGUGGCUCAUCCGACGCGUUUUUGGUAAGGACAGUUUGGAUAACUGCCCACACUAGGGCUUUGUGAGAUUUGUUUUAAAUGAGCGAUGUGCUUCCCAAGGGAUGGGAAACUCUAUAAAUGGGAAUUAUGUUCUUAAUCAUAAACUUUAUAGGGGAAAUUGACACUAAAACUCGGCAUGUCUGUAAUUCUAUGCCCAAUAAAGUUAGCAAUCUAGAGAUCUGGGAGCACAUAUGCGGUUUUGUUUUUUGUUUUUGUUUUUGUUUUGUUUUUGCUGUAGCCCCAAAGGCUUCCAGCUUAGCAGGGCUUGUUUCAGAUACUAACAUGGUACCUAAUGCCAUAAACACUAGUAAUUUGGUAUGGUUUACUUUAUUGUUUGUGUUCUUGCAAUGAAGUGAUGGUGAGCAGUGGCUUAUUUUGUCAGUGAUGUGUGUACUAGUGGGGCGGGAUGUUUGCUUUCUAGGAAAUAGCCCUGCCUUAUAACUCAGAGAAGUCUCCCAGUGCUCUCUUAAACUUGAACAUGACUUCGUUAAACAGCCAUUCUGUUCAAGUUGUGUGCUCUGGGGAGGCCUUACUGGUUCUGGGUUGUAUUGUAUACUUGUGGUUUGGAAGGGACAGUAUGCUUUUCUAGAGAAUUAGGAUUUAGCAUCGUAAGGCUUUUCAUCAAGUGCAUUUGCAUGAAUGUCCUUUUUCUGCCAAGUGCUUUUUGGGCUUUUUCUCUCUCUCUGCGAGAGAGCAAAACAUAGCAAAGGUUUUUCAUGGAAAGGCACAUCAGCCAGGGUACUUUCUAACCCACGUGCUUUCAGGUUGACAGAUGAAGUGAUCUAUAGCUUAUAUAAAGUUCGGGGUGGCGUCGUCACGUGAGCCUGCAGGCACACACUUCCCAGGUCGGAGGCGGUCUUACUUGCUGGCCCCGGUGGCCACAGUUACAAGCACUGUGCAGAUGUCAGGUCUUUGCCCAUAGUUGUCCAUGAUGCUGGAGUCCCUUUCAGAUGUGAUUUCUCUGGCUUGCGCAUCUCGGUGGUGAACGGGGUAUUGUGGUCCCACAUUUUUCCCCUCUUCAUCCUGAGUCCCGAUGAUGAUUUCGAUGAUUUUGUUUCUUGUCCUUGGCAUCCAUUCACUUGAUUCAAGGCACACGUGCUGGUCUGAGUUCUUUUAACAUUGUCUUUGUGUUUUGGUGAUAACCUAGGUGGAUCUGUAAGAAAGAACCCAGCCCACCAGGAGAGAGGGAGGGGAGGGGUUGAACUGUGAGGAGCGUGGGCCCAAGAACCAUGUCUACGCGGGAGUCCUUUAACCCGGAAAGUUAUGAGUUGGACAAGAGCUUCCGGCUAACGAGAUUCACGGAACUGAAGGGCACAGGCUGCAAAGUGCCCCAAGAUGUCCUUCAGAAGUUGCUGGAGUCCUUACAAGAGAACCACUUCCAAGAAGAUGAGCAGUUUCUGGGAGCUGUGAUGCCAAGGCUUGGCAUUGGAAUGGAUACUUGUGUCAUUCCUUUGAGGCACGGUGGGCUCUCCUUGGUUCAGACCACGGAUUACAUUUACCCUAUCGUAGACGACCCUUACAUGAUGGGCAGGAUAGCAUGUGCCAACGUCCUCAGCGACCUCUAUGCCAUGGGGGUCACGGAGUGUGACAACAUGCUGAUGCUCCUCGCAGUCAGCAAUAAAAUGACUGACAGGGAGAGGGAUAAAGUGAUGCCCCUAAUUAUACAGGGUUUCAAAGAUGCAGCAGAGGAAGCAGGAACGUCAGUAACAGGUGGCCAAACAGUGUUAAACCCCUGGAUCGUUUUGGGAGGAGUCGCCACAACUGUCUGCCAGCCCAAUGAAUUUAUCAUGCCAGAUAAUGCAGUACCAGGGGACGUGCUGGUGUUGACGAAACCCCUGGGGACACAAGUUGCUGUUGCCGUGCACCAGUGGCUGGAUAUUCCUGAAAAAUGGAAUAAAAUUAAACUAGUGGUCACCCAAGAAGACGUGGAGCUGGCAUACCAGGAGGCGAUGAUGAAUAUGGCCAGACUCAACAGAACAGCUGCAGGACUGAUGCACACGUUCAACGCACAUGCGGCCACUGACAUCACAGGCUUCGGGAUCCUGGGCCACGCACAGAACCUAGCCAAGCAGCAGAGGAACGAGGUGUCGUUUGUGAUUCACAACCUUCCUGUGCUGGCCAAGAUGGCUGCUGUGAGCAAGGCCUGCGGAAACAUGUUUGGCCUCAUGCAUGGGACCUGCCCGGAAACAUCAGGAGGCCUCCUAAUCUGUUUACCACGUGAGCAAGCAGCUCGGUUCUGUGCGGAGAUAAAGUCCCCCAAAUAUGGUGAAGGUCACCAAGCAUGGAUUAUUGGGAUUGUAGAGAAGGGCAACCGUACCGCCAGGAUCAUAGACAAGCCCCGGAUCAUCGAAGUCGCACCGCAAGUGGCCACUCAAAACGUGAACCCCACACCCGGUGCCACCUCUUAAUUUAGACAGAAGUAGCUACUCAGUUUGUUUUUAAAUAGAUCUAUUUCCUUUAUCAUCACUUCAAUUAAAGACUAUAAGCAACAACAAGAAUCUCAUUGUGUCUACACAUCUGGUGACCUUAGGUCGAUUUGUGAGUGGAUACAAUUAAUAAAAUAAAAUCCAUGGCCUUUUCUUCCUGUUACAUUAACUGAAGAUGCACCUACUCUUGAGGCAGCUUCUGAGUUGAGAAUUAUAUUGUUAUCCAAUACUGUUGAUUCAUUUUGAAUCUUUAGACACUUAUCUCUCGCCGCAUAGGCUCUUCCUAAAGGUGCUUUCACAUAGCACAGACGUUACCAGUAGUGGUGUCAGGUAGCAGUUCGUGUGUUUUCAUUUGAUGUGUAUUUAUCAUAGAAGCCUGCUCUUUUUUCAAGCAUCUUGACUGGCGUUCUGGAAAGACGGAAUUGGUAAGUGAGAAUGAUGGCUUCUGAGCAGCAGGAGGGUUGCAUGGUUCCUUUGAGUCUUAUUCAAGAGCAUCUCUUUGGCCCAGGACAUUCUCCAAUAAUAGUGCAUUCAGUUCAACAAGACAAGUGCUUCACUCUGCAUGGAAAGCACUUAGAAGACAAAAAAAGAAAUUUUAUUUCUUUUUUUUUUUGUAGCCUUCCUGAUAUUUACAGUAGCAUCAUUAACUCUUUUCUUUUUGUUGACAGCAAAAAAGGAUACUUUUGCAAUGUAAUUAGAUGUUCUAUAGUGCAACGAGGAAUUGCCUUCCUUAAGGGGGUUCGUGUAUAAUACUCAUUUACAAUUCAAUAUAUAAUUACGCAAAUAAUUUUUAAAUAUAAUCAGUAAUAAAGA